UAUUCUUUUACUCGUUGGUUAUAACUGGAAAUGCUUUCACUGACACAUAAAUCAUGCUGGGGCAUUGACUCUCGCUUCGGACGACGACAACCAAAUUUCGUUUGUUUGCGGUCAAAGUCAAUGCCAAGGACUUGGUAGAUUUUGUGUUUCGGUUUUGUUUUGGCAACAUGACAAAGCUCGAUUGUUUGCUAGUAAUUAUGUCACACACUCAGUGCCGAUCGACACUAUAAAAACCCACGAUCAUUGUUCGAAGGACUCAAACAAGCAAGUGUCCUUGAAGGCAGUACUAGGGUUUAAUUAUCAAAUAGGAGUGUAACGAUCUGAGCUAGAAGGCCCAAUCAUGCAGAUCUUUGUGAAGAUGUUGACUGGCAAGACCAUUGCCGUGGACACUGAGCCGGAGGCAACGGUGGAAAGUGUGAAAAAGCAGAUCGAUGAGCGUGAGGAAAUCCCGCCAAACCAGCAGCGCAUGAUCUUCGCUGGUAAGCAGCUUGAGGAUGGCCGCCAGCUACAGGAGUACAGCAUCAUCAAGGGAUCCACAAUUCACCUGGUACUGCGCCUGAAGGGUGGUAUGCAGAUCUUCGUCAAGAUGUUGACUGGCAAGACCAUUGCUGUGGAUACCGAACCCGAGGCAACGGUUGAGAGUGUGAAGAAACAGAUUGACGAACGUGAGGAAAUUCCACCAAACCAGCAGCGCAUGAUCUUCGCUGGUAAGCAGCUUGAGGAUGGCCGCCAGCUACAGGAAUACAGCAUUAUCAAGGGAUCCACUGUCCACCUCGUUCUGCGUCUUAAGGGUGGCAUGCAGAUCUUCGUCAAGAUGUUGACCGGCAAGACCAUUGCUGUAGACACAGAGCCAGAAGCAACGGUGGAAAGCGUAAAGAAACAGAUCGAUGAGCGCGAGGAAAUUCCACCCAACCAGCAGCGCAUGAUCUUUGCCGGCAAGCAACUUGAGGAUGGCCGUCAGCUACAGGAAUACAGCAUCAUCAAGGGCUCCACUGUUCACCUCGUUCUGCGUCUUAAGGGUGGAAUGCAAAUCUUCGUAAAGAUGUUGACUGGUAAGACCAUUGCCGUGGAUACCGAACCGGAAGCAACCGUUGAGAGUGUGAAGAAACAGAUUGACGAACGCGAGGAAAUCCCACCAAACCAGCAGCGGAUGAUCUUUGCCGGCAAGCAGCUUGAGGAUGGCCGUCAACUACAGGAGUACAGCAUCAUCAAGGGUUCCACAGUCCAUCUGGUGUUGCGAUUGAAGGGAGGAUUGCAGCUCGUGGAUUGAGUUUUGGCUUGAACGGUUACUAGCACACACAAAAAAAAAAUGAAUCAAUUAAAAAAGGCUUUACUCAUUCCGUUGAUGAGACAUCGCGCCCAAACCCCAAAAGCAUACAAACUGCCAACAAAAUAUCAAUGGGAUCGAUCAAAAGACAUGGAAAUGAGUCCACAUAUAGACUCGCUGCUUUAUACUUAUAAAGCGUAACAGAAAAUAAAUCAUUUUGUUGAACAUA